AUGAGUAGCCCGCGCUGCGCCCCGCUGCUGCUCCUGCUGCUUCUGCCGCCGCUGCUGCCCAAGCCCCCCGCGGGGGACGCCGCCGUCAUCACCGGGGCCUGCGACAAGGACCCCCAGUGUGGUGGAGCCAUGUGCUGUGCUGUUAGUAUCUGGGUUAAGAGCAUACGGAUUUGCACACCGAUGGGCAAAGUGGGAGACAGCUGCCAUCCGCUGACUCGUAAAAACCAUUUUGGAAAUGGAAGGCAGGAAAGAAGAAAGAGGAAGAGAAGAAAAAGGAAAAAGGAGGUUCCAUUUUUUGGACGGAGAAUGCAUCACACGUGUCCAUGCAUGCCCGGCUUAGCCUGUUCACGGACUUCGUUUAACCGAUAUACUUGUUUAGUCCGAAAGUAACCACUUUAGAGGAGAAACUUUAAACGUGAACAGCCACACGAUGUCCGUAGAGUCUGUUUACCUGUGAUUGUACCAAACAAAUAAUAUGCCAGAAAGAAAUGCUAUUGCUUCCUCAACUUUCCAAGUAACAUUUUCCUCUUUGAUUUUUAAGUGAUGUGUUACUUUUCUUUUUUUUUUAAUCGAAAGCGGACUUAUGUUUUGAAUAGAAAUGUAAAGUGCAAGGCAUUAUGGAACCAGUUUCACUUCCCUGUUUGUGUUUUGGUUUGGCUUUUUUUUAAUGCCAGUAACUUGUCCAUUUUCACAAAAGUGCGGAGAAUAGGAAUUUGAUAUUUUGUUACAGAAACUUUUUUUUUCUUAAAACACCCCCUGCCCCACUGCGUGUGCACGCAUGCACACACACACACACACACACACACACACACACACACCUUGGUCUCUUUCCCUCACUCCUCAGUGAGUUUUAAGACUCUCAUUUUAUUGUUUGGCAUUUCCCUCUGACCCUCUAGCAUUUUAAAGUGGGGAUCCACAUCCUUGAGCUUGCUGGCAGAAUCACUGAUGAGAAUCAAGCUUUUUGCCUGAUACUUAAACAGUGAAAAGAAUGUGUACUUGAACUAGACCCCAAACUUCUCUUAUAUGGAGUGGAGGCAGGGGUGCUUCUGAACUUUAACUGAACCUGCUUAUGCAAGUGGGUUUCAGGUCUGUGGUUUGACUAGUGUGAGGACAGAAAGAAUGGGAAGUCAAAGUAAUUUAGUCCAGAUUUCUAGAUUUGGGAUUUUUUUAAAAGACUUUUCCAGUACAAUAUUACAUUUAUUUCUUUUCCUUUUU